ACACCGAGUGGGUUGGGCUACCUGCUGGUUUCUCUAGCCAACAAGUUUCUUGUGAGCCUGGAUCUCCUCUCUAGCUCUAGCUCUUCUUCCUCUCCCUCUCUGCACAUAUCCCUCUCGAGUUCGUGCUGCGCAAGCAUCGGCGGGAUAGGAAAAGGCGCGGCGAAGGCGACAGGCGCGCACGCGUCCUCCUCCCCCUCUCCCCGCCGUAGCUCCGCGCUAGCUCGGAGGUGACAGGGAAAUCAAGGAUGAACAGUACGCGCGGCCUCUACCAAUAACUAUAGAUCGAUCCAUAGUUCCCGCCAUCGAUCAGCCGGUCCAUGCUUCUCGUCAGCAAGUGGAUCGAUCGAUCACACCGCCGACGACCUACACCUAUAGAUCCGUUUGCCCUGGUCGAGCUAGCUACCUAGCUAUUAAUAGCUUCUCGCCCUCUCCUCUCGUAGUCCUCUCCUCUACCCCGGCCCGGCCCUGUGGUACUAGACUAGUACCACACGAACCCUCCCGAUCCUCUCCCUUGUUGCUUGCUUCCCUACACUUCUUCUUUCUCUACAUUUAAUCAAUCCAGCACCAAGCUACAUAUACUCGCUUCCUACCAGCCAAAGGCCACACAAGCUCUAGCAACAGCAACAUAGUAGAUAUGUGCAGCUAAAUCUUACUCCUCCAUCCAUCUCCCUCGACUCUCUCUUCUUCUCCUUGUUCUCUUCUCUUUUCCUCUCCUCCAUGUUCAUAUAUAUAUAUAUAUAUAUAGCUAGCUGCAUAUAGGUUAGCUAGCUUGUGUCUGAACCAUAUAUAUAUGUCCAGGUGCAUAUAAAUCAUAGUGCAGAUAUAGAGGAGGAGGAAGAGAUCAGCUAGACAGCUAGGGAUAUAGCUUGGUAGGCCAGCUGCAGCCAUGGGCCUGAGGGACAUCGAGCUGACGCUCCCGCCGGGGUUCCGGUUCUACCCGAGCGAUGAGGAGCUGGUGUGCCACUACCUGCACAACAAGGUGGCGAACGAUCAGCGGCUCGCCGGAGCCGGCGGGGGCAUGGUCGAGGUGGAUCUGCACACCCACGAGCCGUGGGAGCUCCCAGACGUGGCGAAGCUGAGCACGAACGAGUGGUACUUCUUCAGCUUCCGCGACCGCAAGUACGCGACGGGGCUGCGCACCAACCGCGCCACCAAGUCCGGCUACUGGAAGGCCACCGGCAAGGACCGCGUCAUCCACAACCCCAAGGUCCGCCGCGCCAUCGUCGGGAUGCGCAAGACUCUCGUCUUCUACCGCGGCCGCGCCCCCAACGGCAUCAAGACCAACUGGGUUAUGCACGAGUUCCGCUUGGAGAACCCCCACACCCCACCUAAGGAGGACUGGGUUCUGUGCAGAGUUUUCUACAAGAAGAAAGCCGACGUGAUGGAUUACGCCAUGGACAACGAGCAGGAGAUAGCCAUGGCUCGCAGCGUUGUUGCGAACGCCAAGUACUCAUUUUCUCCUGAUCCGAGCUACUCGCCUCCGUUCCCCGCCCUCGGCAGCAGCCACUACCAGCUGCCGCCGUCUUCCGAUCACCACGGCGGGGCCGGCUCGCACGGUGACUUCUCUACCCUGGCGCUGCAGCAGCACAACAGCAUCUUCGACUUCCACGUCCAGCCUCAUCUCGCCGGCGGCGGCGGCAUCCUAGGGGCGGCUGCUUCAUCAAGAGACGGUGGCGGUGAUCAAUGUGGCGGUGGGGUGCUGAUGGACCUAGGGCUGGAGGAGUACUACAAUUACAACAGCCUGAUGCAGAUGUGAUAUGAUAUCGGUGCUGCAAGCUUAGCUGCUCCCUGCAGUGUGUGAUAAUAGCCACCUGAAUUUGAUUUUAUUUAAAUGUUCGUGAUAUUUGUGCAGAUAGAUUCCGUUGUGCAUGUGAUGCACCCGUGCAGUUAAUCUACGUAGUAGUAUAGCAGUGCUGUUGUGUUUGGGUUGAUCAUGAGGCUGUGAUUGAUGAAGUGCUACUGUCGUGCAUGCACAUAUGUAUGGAUCGAUUUCUAUUAUAUUGUUGGGGAGCCGGAUUUUCAAACCUUUUUGUUGCUAGUAAUCAUCUGUACUUAUACCAUUCUUAUAUAGCAUCGUAUGAUCAGCUA